AUGCCUAUGUGCCCAUGCCAGCGGAUGCCCGAAACUUACACCAUAAUUCCAAAACAGGAAAUUUCCCCCGCAAGGUGUUCCUUCGCCGCACUUCUCAAGGAAGCAUGCAGCAACCUCCUCACAUACAAAGCGAGACAGAAACCAGGAGAAGAAUUGCGACUGCCGUCUGCGCUGCCUGCCUCCUCGUCCCCUUCCUCCUCCUCCUACUCCUCCUCCUCCUCCUCCGCCCCUCGCCCCAACACACCCGCGCUCCCGGCCAACAGCUCCUGCCUGCCCGACCUCAGCCUUGCACCAACUGGGCCCCCCCUCCCCUGCGCUCCCCACCCCGGGUCCCUUGCUUUCCCCUCGCUUGCCACACCAAAAACCAAAUCAAUUCUCCGCCAAUCCUCGUCCAAGACGACGCCGACCGAUCGAUCUAAGCGCGAAUAUACAAACAGCCGGGCUAUGACGAAGAAAUUUGCACCACGAGUUGCACCGCACUCCCGCUCCGGUCUGGUUUCAAAUCCGGACUCGGACCAUAGACAUUCUACCGACACACACACAAGCCAUGAGCAGAGAAGCAGAACCAGCAGCAGCAGCAGCAGCAGACGAGGAGGAGGAGGAGGAGGAAGGAAGAAGAAGAAGAAGAAGAAGAAGGAGAAGGGAGAGAACAAGACGAAGAGGUCGCAAGGCGUGAAGAAAAAGCCCUCGGCGAGUUGGAGCAGCAGAACUCGGACACGCAAAUGCCCUGCCUCUAAAAUCGGCUCCGCGCCCCGGGCUCUAGAAAGCGUCGCGAGCGAGCGAGCGAGUGUCGUAAUUACUGUGCCACUGACAACUCGUCAGGCGUUAAAGCACUCAUUCGUGGAGUUCGCCCCUUGCUUACACGUCAAGACGGACCACAUAAAGCGUCACGCCCGUCGACACCCACUGCACUCUUCUCCUCGCCACGCUUACCGGCUGCCCCCGGCCUCCAAGCUGGCUCACUGGCAGAAGCUGAACUUCCUCACACGCAACCCGACCCGGUGCCCGGGCUCGGGUCGACUGGUUCCGGCCGUGUCACCACCGACCGACGGACGAGUCCCGUUCACAGCACGUGAGCUCCUCCUCCUGUCAGCCGCUUGCCGGUGGUCACGAAUCGCCGAAUCUUCCCCGCGGGCGUGCUUGAGGUUCCGAUCGGCGCGACGAAUCUUCAAGUCAAUGGCGCCCGGAUUAGCACUCAAUGCGGUUAAAAGAUCGUCGAGACGGGAGCUUUGCUUCUUGUUAUCGCCAGGGAUAAUGGAGAACAUGUGUGUGACAUACAAAGCGAUAGAAUAA